AUGAAUAAAGAGAAGGAAAACCAGGAACUAUUAAUAGGAAAGGAUUGGGAAGGAAACCAAAUUCAUAUCCAUAACGAUGAUAUUCAUAAGGCGGAAUACGUUGACGUUUAAGCUAUGUUGAAUGAUACCUUAGAUAAACUGGAUAAAAUAGAGAAGAUAGAAAUAUUUAUGACCUUCCUUAAUUUUACUACAAAAGCCUUAUCUCUCUACCUCGUCCUCAUUUAUUUUGAUACAGUCUUCAAAUAUGAUUCACUAUUGCUAUUCAGUUAUCUCCUAUAUGCUCUGCUAGAGUUGGUGGCUUUUGGAGCUGCAUUUGCAGUUGUUUUGAGUGCUCGUAUAAUUUCAGCCUUAUUGGGAGUGAACGUAUUCUAUUUAGGUAAGAUACAAGCUAUGAUUUAGACAGCUUCAUUUAUUUACCCAUCUUGUAUUCUGUAUUUAAGUUUUGCUUUGUGGUAACAUUUCUCGUUUAAUCCUUGACUGUGGUGAUUUUUUCUAAGUUUUCACAUUGGGUGUUCCCCUUAGUUUUGGUAUAUGAAGCAAUUCAAAUAUUACAAUAGAUAGCCUCUCUGUUUGUGACUCUGAUAUUGCAAGUUAGUCGGUUGAUUCUGAUGGUGGGAGGGAAGGUCAGUUCCAUAUCAAAGUGUUUUGAUACCAAUUGGAUAUUUAAGAUAUUGGCACCUGAGAAUUGGCAGAAGGUAUGCUAUUUAAUCCUAUGAAUAACAAAGAGUUACCAGUUGACAAGGAACAUGUUGUAUCAAUUUUUGAAUAUCUUCGAGGAACUCAAUCCAGAGUACAAAGAAUUUAUACAGAAGGGUUACAAGUAUCAGAAGCAAGUGAUUGAAUUGAAGGAGGACAUUCAAUGGGCCAAAGAUUUCAUUAAGAGAUCGAUAAUAGAAAAUAACGAUGUUCAAGGCAAUACUACUUCUAACAGAUAAUCUCUUGUCGUAUAACAUUGA